AUGAAACAAUCUCAUAAUGAUAAUUUCAUAACUACAAAUCAAGAUUAUGGUUCUUUCUAUUUUGGUCGAGUGCAACAUGGUCAAAUAAAUCGAGAUGAAAUUACCUCUGAAUUAGCAAUAAAUGAUCAGGUUAGAAAUGAACGUCGUCAAUUACCAUCAAUUGCUUAUAAUAUUAUGUUUAAUCCACAAUUAUCAAAUGGAAUGCUAGGACUUAUAGCCAACGAACUUUUUCUUUUAAAUCCGGAAAUAUCAGCUGAUGAACUAGCAGAAAAUAUGAUUGCUAUUACAAUUCCACAUGAAUAUCUAGGUAUGUCUGUCAUAAAUCCUACUAAACCAUAUCCGGGAACAGAAACUGAUUGCAACAAAACGCCUCAUCUACAGCGUCUUCUCGAUCAUCUGGAAACUGUUAAAACAACAAUCAAUGAUAGUAAACAACAAUUUAAUUCAGAAUCCAUCAAUUCGCAACAAUUGGAAGGCAUUCGAUACAUUUAUAAUCCAUUCACCAAUAGUAUACCAUUUCGUCAAAUAUAA